CAGCGAGAAGGCAAAAAUUUUGUCGGUUGGCGGCUCGUCGCGCACAUUAGCGUAGUUCAUUUCGCUUAAAAAAGUUUGUGAGUUAAAAACUCGUCAAACGUAGCGCUCGUCGUGCGAUCAGACUAAAAGCGUGUGGAACGGAUCAAACGGUGCGGAUAUUUUCAAUACCAAUUCUUUCCUAUGUAUUUUUCGAAUACGUUCCGAACGUUAAGGCAUUGCUCAUUGAAAACAAAAUCGAUAUAGAUUUUCGAAAAAAUACAAAUUAACAAGUUGCGUUACGAAAAUAUUGAAAAUAUUCAAACGGACCGUGUGAUGUGUUGAUGAAGGUGCAGUGCAAAUAUACGAAAAUCACAAAAUCUUCGAGCGGUUAAUGAGUAACAGUAAAGUGCGUUCAGAAAUAUUACAAAAAAAAGUUAUUUAUAUUCUAUAUGUAUUUGCGUAAGUUGUUGUACGGAUUAUGUUCCAACCGUUAUGCAGUCAAGUGAGCGUUUUUUUACAAAAUAAAAAUUUCCUGAAAAAUAUACGCUCGAAUUCGUUGGCCAGUGGGUUGGAAAGCAAAUACUUCCUCAGCUGGCAAAGGCCAAAGUUGAAGUAAUAAUCGAAGCUGAAUGGCGGCGGAGUGUAUGAAAAGUGAAAACAAAACACAUGAAUUCACGCAAAAGAGAAGCAUAAAGAAUUAAAAAAAAUUGCCGACUUAAACGAAAUUUUCAUAAUAUUACAUACGUACAUGCACAUCCGAAAAACGUACGUCGCGAGUUUUUAUGUGAAAUUGCAAAUAUAAAUAAAAUUGAGCACGUACAUAUUUCAAAAAUCCGUUAUCAGCGAAAAGUUUUUGCACAGCAAAUAAUUUAUGAAAACAGUGUCAAAGCAUUAUUGACACCAGAAAUCAAAAAGAAAAAAAAAGGAAAAAUGCGGAUGUGUCUGAAAGAAUAUUAAGUACAUGCAUAAAUACAUAGUUUUCCAAUUUUACUGUUUGAUAUAAUUUUCAUCGGCUGCGAAGAAAAAGUGCAAAAUAUUUUCGUAUAAAAAUCCCACUGAUUCGAGAAAGUUCAUAAAAUAGAGAUUGUGGUGGAAUAUUUUCCUCCAGAAGUUCGAAAAGUGUUUUCGUUUCUACAAUUUAUUGCAAGGAUUUUUUGAUUGUCUCAUACACCAACUACAACAACAACUAUAACAACUUGUGAAUGUGCAUUUGCAGAAUAACGCUUGGAUUGCUUUUAACAUUUAAUAAAGCCAAUCGUUUCACAUUCAUCGCACUUCGAACUAUAAAAAUUUGCGUCGGAUCGGCAAUUGAGGAUUUGACACGACUAGCCCGAAGAGCCGAGCAAAAGAAUGAGGGAAACUGAUGGUCCACGGCUAGCGUACCGAGGGCAUUGAGAUUUCUCAAGCAAAAGUUUGCCACACUACAUGGAUCGUAGAAAUGGCGGCGAUAUUUUGGCGCCACCUCGGCCCCCAAAGCACUUACCACGUGUACAUCGUCCCCGAGCACCCGAGCCAGAGACUAUGUUAAACGGAUCGCAAACGAAACCGGAGUGGCAACAGCAACAACAACAGCAGCAGCAGCAGCGGGAACAGGAACAAAAGCAGAAACAGCGGCAAAUGUCGACAACAACGUCGACAGCGACAGCAGCAACGAACACGACGAGCACCGAAGUAGCGCAAUGUACAAUUAGUAAUAACCAGCCAGAGCAACAGCAACAGCAACAGCAACAGCCGCAGCAGCAUAAUUUUAAUAGCAACAUUUAUUCAAGUCAAUAUAGUAUUACGGGGGCAGAUCGAGGUGUUGGUACAAACAGUCGAAAUGAUAGUGUUGCCGUUAAUGGUGUUACAACAUUAAUGCAACCAGAGUUCGAGGACUACGAGAUUCAUCAUUUGACGAUACUGCCGCAGCGACCGACCACACUGAAUCUCAGCCGCAAUAGCAGUCACGUGAGCACCACAUCCUCUUCGACAUCAUCAUCGUCCAUAACUGCGGCGAAUACGUUUACACGCCGCAGACAAUUGCCGCCUACCCCGGGUGCUGCUGCACGACUACUUGUAAAUAACAAUACAAACAACAACAACAGCAGCAGCAGUAGCAGUAGCAACAACAACAACGUACGUAGCCAAUCGAACAAUAACGGUGGCUUAAGUGGUGGUCUCACUGGUUUACUCAGUCAUUUCCAUAGCACCGAACCAGCUGCUGCUUCAUCAGUCACGCUGGCUCAACCGCGACCCGAGUCCCAGAGGCUCACCAACGAGUACGUCGAUACUCCGUUCCGAAACGCUGCACCCAAUGCUGGCUUACCGAAUCAACUGCAGCUGCAACAUGCUUCCCGCGCGCAACAUCCGGCGGGACAGCAUGAUGGUGGCCAAACGACAACGCACCAUCUGUUGUUGCUGCCACAGCGAGAAUUCCGUCAACAGCAGCAACAACAACAACAACAACACCUGCAGCACCAGCAUCAACAUCAGGUACAUUCGAACCGCUUGGCGGGAACAGUGGCUUCGACGACCGUCACGGCGGGCAUCGACGGCACAGACGGCUUCUUACAUUCGCAUCAUAAUCACAAAACGCCUAUGCCCACUGCAGCGACAACAACCUGUCCACAUACUGGCAAGGUGAUUCCAGUCGCGCCGAAUGGGCACGGUAGCAGCAGUAGCAGCGGUUUGGGCAGCUUUACCAGCUCCCUGAACGCGCAACAGUCAUUUACUCCGGCAAUCACCAAACAACCCGCCUCAACGACCAGCCAAACGUCGCACAUCGGCAGUAAUAAUUGCAAAUUUGCUAAAAAUCUUCCCGCAUUCGACGACUUGUUAACCAUGCACAACAUAGCGACGGGCAUUUCCACGCCACAGGGUAUGAUAUCCGCUGUACACGGCGCCAGUCCGCUUGGUACACCCAUCAUACUGGGCAGCAGCGGUGAUACAUCCUCAUUGAAUCAGCUGCUUUGCCCACGAUGCGGUCAUUGCCGUUGCGAACAGUGCCAAAGUCCACCCCAUCUGCCGCAAACGUGGCUCUGCAAUAAGACCUGCCUAUGCAGUGCCGAAUCGGUCAUCGAUUAUGUGUCGUGUCUGUGUUGCGCCAAAGCAUUAUUCUACCAUUGCGCACGCGACAACGACAUGGACUGCGAUGAUGGCUCCGGCACACCGUGCGUUGACAAUCCCUGCUCAUGCGGACCCUACAAACGUACGCAGCGUUGGGGUUGGCUGGGCGCACUAUCGCUCGUACUACCCUGCCUUUGGUUGUAUUGGCCUAUGCGCGGCUGCGUAUCCUUCUGUGAGAAAUGUUACGGACGGAUUGUGGGCCGCGGUUGUCGCUGUCAGCAGACGGACUCGCCAACCAACAUUAUACCGAUAUCACAGUUGGGCCUUAACGGAAACGGAAGCAGCGGUACGGCAAGCAUUUUAAGCGGCAACAAUGGUGGUAGCGAUUCAUUGAAAUCAGCCAAUGGACAUCAUCAUCAUAACCAUCAUCACCAUCACAAUCACCAUAUGCGAAAGGGCGAUCUAACGCCUAAGAAACGACUGCUCGAUUCAAAUGGCGAAUACUAAAACUAUAAAGGCUACAUACGAGUACAUCGACAGCCAAACUGGUAUAGAAAUUUGUAUGCGGAAACGCCAUUUAACUAGGGUACUACUUGCGUAUGAAGUACAGAAGUUGGAUCAGAGAAGAUUUAUAACUGAAGAACCACUGCUGGCGGUGGGUUGUGGCGUGAGGCAGUCAUAGAGAAUAGAGACUAUGUGACCGGGGUAAAAGGGUGGUGGUAGUAGUCUAGUUUAUCGAGCAAAAUCGCCUGAUUGUAGAGAAGUGUUAAUUGACUGACAAUCGAGCAACAGUAUUUUAAUGUAAAAGAACUUGCAUUUAGUGUGCGCAAUGAGUUCCAAUCUCUAUCUUUCUCUAUUUCUAACUCCUUCUCCCAAACUUAUUCUUACCGCCGGACAGGUUGUAAACCCAUCACUGAUGCCACAUAGCGCCGAGCCCGCCGCGGCAGUUCCUUAGAGCUAGAAACAGAAGUGUAGAGAAGACAGUAAACAGAAGGGGAAAAGAAAACUGCAACAUUUUUACAACAAAAAAUGCAGCACGAAAUUAACUAAAUGAACUAUAACGGUGAAAGAGGAAUAAGUUGAAAAUAAAAUUAUAGAUUGGUAAGAAAGUAAACGAAAUGGGAAAUUCAUGAAUAAACUAUAUAUUUAGAGUAAAAAAAAUAAUAACCAAAGACUGCAAACAGAUAAUUAUUAAUUAUUAGAAAUGUUAUUUAAAAGGGAAUUAAAAAGCGUGCUUUCUAAUUUUAACCAUUUAAUAUUUCAUCGUGCAAACGCAAUUUUAAUUUCAGUUUGAAUUUUUCAAUUUUUUUACCCAACACAGUCGAUCGUAAAUAUGCCGUGUUUUAUCGUAAUUUGGUUGCAACGUUUUUCAGCAAGAAAAUGUAGUAAAUUUCCACUAAAUUUCACAACCUAUUCAUUUUUACAACUAAACACUUUUUAAUAAAUUAUUUUUGUUAUAACUUUUUUAUAAAAAUUAUAGUUAUUUUCUUUAACGUUUUAUUUGUUCACCAUCUAAGUCAGGUCGCGGUGUCAAACAUUGACAUUUAAUUGAAUACUUUAUAACAUAAUUCCAUUGUAAAAAGAAAACUAAAAAGCAAACAAAAAUAAAACAAUUGUAUAUAAGAACUCGUAAACCAGGCGCUGGUACUCGUACGGAGUUGCAAAGUGUAAAACUAAGUGAAAUAAUCGGAAAACGAGAGUGUGUAUAUGGGAAAGCUUAAAGCUCGCGAUAAUUUAGAGGUUAGGUAAACGAAUAGCUAAGGCAAAUUAGGGUGCGCUUUUGAAGACGCUGGUCACUGAAACGGUACACAGAAGGCUUAGCUUAUUUGGAUAAUUUUCAUUCGUUUCUUUUCGAAAUCGUAAAAUUUUAUUAAUAGCAAUGUGAGCGGGAAUAUGCAAACAUACCAAACAAAUGUGAGUCUGUGUUAGUUAAAACCGAUUACCUUGAGUAUUUGGAUGCGCUCCAAAAGUCCGACAGAAUACACUCAUAUUUAACAGUUUGACACUCCUUUUGAGCAAAACAGAUAACAAUAAAACUGAAAAACUGAAAAACUGAAAAACAGCGAAAGCAAUGCAGUCAAUAAUGAAAAUAUCCGCAAAUGGAUAUCGUAAAUGGGCGUUUCGGUUUUUAUGAAAGCCGCUUGCCUUUAGCAUUCUCUAUGUUCUCUGCGCGCUCGCAUUCACACAUUAUUCCUUUGAUUCCUACAGUCUAAAUUACAGAAACGCGAAAUAAAAAGCAAAUUAUAUACAAAUUAUAUAUGCACGUACACUGACAGGCGUUUGUAUGUGUAUGUACUGAUAAAAAAUAAGAAACAAAAUCUUCGUAAAAUGUAUUUUAUAUAGCAAACUUUUUGUAGCGCAUAAAAAGAAAAUCUGAGAAAAAUAUAAGCAUAAAUGUAAAACAUUGCUCCUCACAACGAAACAAGGAAAGCGGCGAAAAAGUAAAGGCAAACGUUACAUCUCUCAUCAAAUCAGCUAGUUUAGGUCUCGCAAUAACCUGCAAAGGUCAGAGAUCAAUAGAGUUAUGAAAUUUGCAAAAAUUGCUAGAAAAGCUUACCAAAACGAGCUGAGUACUAAUCAGCGACGCUGUUUUGGUUUUGUAAAGCUUGCAGUUGAGAUCUGGAUCACUUUAUAUUUAUAUUUCUGAAACGCUUUCACUUUCUAUAGCUUUAGUUUUCAAAAAGCUAAAUGAAAAUGUUCAAGUUAAAUGUGAGUUUUCAAAGCUGACGAAUACGACCGAACGGCGGUUGCGCCGUAAAGUCAAACUCGUGUUUACCUCAUUUUAAUAUCGGUUUUGCCAUUAUAGCAAAAGCAAAUUACAAUAGUUUUAAUCAAAAAGCUCACAAAGCAGCAAAAAGCUCACAAAAAGCUCUAACUAAAGUUUUUUUCAAUUGAAGCUUUGGCUUAUAAAGCUUUAACAUUGAAAAAAGUGGUAUUUUUUACAAUUCUGUUUCUGUCGAACAAAUUUGUCUCUUCUUGUCAUUUGUAUUUGCAUAUUUUCUCUCACAAAGCAUUCAAAAUCAAGUGGGAUCUUUUGGAAGUUGGCAACUAACGCAGCUUCUCUUGAAACGAUUACAACUUUUGCGGUAAAUAAAGAAUUGCAAAGCCAUAACUAAUUGAUUUGAUGCUAUUUUGCCUGAAAUGCUGUCGGCGGAGCCAUAGAAAAUAUAGAAAAUUAUACACAGCUAUAUGUACAUACAUACUUAUACUUACAUACACAUGUUUCCAGUCGUACGAUUUAAUGUAAAACGGAAUUAACGUAAUUUCAUAGCGGCACUUUCAUGAAAAGAUUUAAACACCAAACAAAUUAGCAGAGAGUAACUAACAAGUAAAGAUUUAAAUACGAAAACUUUCUACUCAAAUGGUAAAUUUUAUUUUUUUAUACAAUACAAGUGAAAAACGUUUAUUUUAUACGAAGAAUAAUACAAAAAUCCUAUAGUUGGUUAAAAAAGUAGGUAAAAGUGUAAAUAUGUAUAUGUAAAAUGUGCGACCUAAAUUCUAAAUUAUUUACCAAGCGAAAUUUUUAAAUAAAACACACUACAAUGCAGCACUACUUUAUACAUACAAUGUACAUAGAGGGUAUAUAUACAUGAUUCCUUAUAUCCACUCCGAGAUAUGUCUGUAGUAUUCCGCGCAGAAAGUGUAGUGAAAUGAUUAUAAUUUACACAGUUAUAUUGUGGAAACCAACGCCAAUUUAAAGUCCAAUCAAAAAUCGUCACUUAUCUUUGAUAAUUAAAGACAGAUAAGAACUGUAAAUUGUUUCGUGUAAUAUUGAGCAUAGUGAGUAGUGGUACGAAGCUAAAUUUACUAAAUUUUAUUUAUACUUACAGAUAUAUGUAUAUAUCUAUAUAUAUAUAUACAUACACGUAUAUAUAAAUGUCACUAUUCAAUAACUGAAAAUAUAGUUGUAAUGUGAACAAAGGUUAAAAAUACAAAAACAAAAUGCAAAAAAAAAACACAAAGCAAAACAAAAUACCAAGCUAAUCUUAGUUAUU